GGUCAGGUUAGGGAAGAUAUGAUAGGAUGCUGUUCUUCGACCAUCUAUCACCUCUUCAACCAGAUCAACCUGAAUUUACCGCAUCAGCGUUUUGAACUGCUCACUCUUGAUCACUGCGCAGCCCCCACGACAGACUGUACUGCUUCCAGAAACCAGAGUAACUCCAUUUGUUUAUAAAGGCCAUCCGAAGACAUUGAUCGUAUUAUGGUCAUCGUCGAAGAGAAGUGCAUGCAUUCUGUUCCACCCCCUCCCUACGUCCCUAAUGCCAGCUCUCUACCCCCACCCCCCUUCCCGGGUGAACAUCGUGGAGCAGCGACGCCAUCUGACUUACCUCCACACCUAUUGUUGAAGAUCGUGUAUAUGACAUUUCCACAAACACCUGGGAUUGACGAGGGAAAGAUCGAAAGGCAGAGAAAGACACUUUGUUGGCUCUCCACACAACUGCGACUGGUUAAUCGCUUAUUUUACGUUGCGUGUGAGCAUGUAUUGCGCUCCACAUAUUUGCCCGCAUACAAUUCGAUGAUACGCCCUCCGUAUUCAUCCGAUCCAUUUCCAUUUUCUUCCUCUGCUUCUACUACCUCUUGUGAUACCCUGCAACGGGAGACCAAAGUUCUCGAUCUCUUCAUCGCACUCAAGGUCCACGAAGAUGUUAUGGUUGAUGACUCAUCGCUUCACCUCGAGCGAGAAGAUUCGUUCAAAGACCUUUUCGACCUCAUGCAACCGCGCAGCCGGCUAGAAGACCUCGUUCGACACUAUGGCGUCCGCGAGGGUGUUGUGCAUACAAACCCAUCUGGAGUGAAUGUCUCAUCUUCAUCGUCCGGCAUUUUCAGGGUGAAUGACAGCAGAACUGGAUCUGCGAGCAUAAGCAAGCGGACACCAGACCCCACACCAGUGCCAUUCAGCGCACUGUCUAUUUCGUUCUCGCCGAGGCGGGUCGGCCUCGUACUAACGACAUCGGGUAGGAAACGGACAAUUGUGGAUGUAGCACGGACGAGAGAUGAGAAGCUAGAGGCCACCGCGAAGAAACUUGCACGGCAACUCAAGGUUUGGCUUAGCGAUGGUUCAAGAUCUAGUGGCAUCAUUUAGUUUCGGAUUCCUUCCUUCCACUGUUUAUUGAUAGUACGGUGCUAGAUUCAACCUUCGGACGCAUGAUAGUGUACAAGUGUAACCUACCCUAGAUCGUGUCCAGUUAGUCUCGCAUGUGGACGCCUUAGUUACUGACACGUACCUUCUGCAAGGGCGAACAAGGCAUAACAUGGGUAAAAUAAUUAAUGUAGGACUGCUCCAUAGACAAUAAACAACAAUAUCAAGCAAGUAUCAAG